AUGGAAAGCUAACCUAUACUAAAGCCUUCUGAGGAAAGUCUUUAGAAAUUUUUUACUGAUGAAGCAUAGAAUUAUCAACCUAAACCUGAGGAUAUUUUUAUUACUAUUAAGAGUGGAUUGUAGUAAAGACUAAUCUUUUCUAAGCCAUAGGUUCUUACUGAAAAAGAAGAAUAGGAACUUCAAGGCCUUAGAGAUCUUAUAAAUUCUAAGGGGAAUUAGAUUCCACCUGGCUUUGACAAUGAUUCUAGAUUAGUUUUGAGGUUCCUACAAGGCAUGAAAUUUAAUUACGAGGAGACUGAAUAGGCAUUAAAUGAUAAUUAUAAAUGGAAAACUGAAAUUUUCCCAAUUAAUCCAAGUCCAUUUGAAAACUAUUUGUAGACAGGAUUACUCUAUGCGUUCAAAAGAGAUAAAGGCCAUAGGCCAAUAAUAAUUAUUAAUGUUGAGAGAUUGAUUGCUUCAAAGAUAGAUGAGAAGAAUUUAGUUGAUAUGUCAAACUACUUUUUAGAUUUUCUAAUAAAUGAAUGCAUGUAUCCCUCAAAGAUAGAGAACUGGACUGUAAUAGUUGAUCUCAAUAAUGUGGGCUUGACAUAAAUUCCAAAAAAUCUUUUAUAGAGUAUGAUCUCCUCCAUGUAAAGUAAUUAUAGAGGAAGAAUGUAUAGGCUGUUCGCUAUCAAUCUACAUUGGCUACUUAGAGGUUUAUGGAGUAUAGCAAAGAACGGAGUAGAUCAAUUCACCCUUACCAAAAUGUAAUUAUUUGGGGGAGAUUUCAAAAACUCUGUAGUUUAAGUAAUAAAUGAAAAUUCCCUAGAGGAGAAAUAUGGGGGGAAACUGCCUGAUAAGACCUCAAAUUUUUUCCCUCCAGACCUAUUAAAUAAUUAUUGA